AUCUAUAGCUCUCUAUCCUUCUCCAUCCUUGGCCACACAAACCUGGAUCAAAGAGUUCAUCUCCUAGCAACAAUGGAGGCAUCCUGUUUCCUCACCUCUAAAUCCUUCAACAAAACCCUAGACCUGGCUCCAUCCCUCAAGCCCAAACUACCCAUCUUCCAUAAGAAAAGGUCCAGCCAACGGCUCCAUGGAACUGGUGGAGGCCAUUCUUCUGUCAUAACCUGUAACUGCAAACUCACAGGUUGCAGCCUGCGACCACAAUUGCCGGACGACGAGAAUGUCGAGCCAUUACUCAAAUCAGACUGGCGAUCUUUCCGAGCAAGACUAGUUGCUGGUGAACAUGCAUCACUUUAUUCAGAUUCUAUGGAUCAAAGCCCAUCACCUCAGACGCUAAGCGAUAGAUGGGCUCACCCCCUCCAUGAGCCUGAGAAGGGGUGCCUCCUCCUCGCCACCGAGAAGCUCGACGGCGUUCACAUCUUUGAACGGACAGUCAUACUACUUCUCUCGACCGGCCCAUUGGGGCCGAUUGGCGUCAUACUGAACCGGCCAUCUCUUAUGUCCAUCAAGGAGACCCAGUGGACAAAGUUGGACAUCGACGGGAUGUUCUCGAACCGGCCCUUGUUCUUCGGCGGGCCAUUGGAGGAGAGCCUUUUCUUGGUGGGCCCCCAAGGUGGCGAUGAUGGGGUGGGGAGGAGUGGGGUGUUUGAGGAAGUGAUGGAGGGGUUGUACUAUGGGACUAGGGAGAGUGUAGGCUGUGCUGCUGAGAUGGUCAAGAGGAAUGCAGUUGGGGUGGGUGACUUCAGGUUCUUUGAUGGGUACUGUGGGUGGGAGAAGGAGCAGUUGAAGGAAGAAAUAAGAGCUGGAUUUUGGAUGGCAGUGGCUUGCAGCCCAAAGGUUAUUGGGCUGGCCAGUGUUGGAAGUGUUGGGCUGUGGGAGGAUGUCUUGGGCCUUGUUGGGGAAAGGAAGGUGUGGUGACCCUAGUAAAAAGAAGGAAGAGAGAAGAGUAGCUCUUAGCAUUUAAGUGUCUUGCAAGUGAUUCUUGAAAUGAAGGGGCCCUGGUCUAUUUAUCUGCUUACCUACCAUGAGGUCAAGUGAGACUCUUGACCAUCUCACUGGAUGUAGUUCAUGCAUUCUUUUCAUUUGGUUAUUAUUGGAUUCCCAUGAUUGACCGCCAAUUAAUAAAUCUAGCUUGUCAGGUA